GUAGCCACUCUACCUGACUCGAGUCUCAUCGCUCGGCUCGUGUAAACGCUGUUGUGUCGUCGCUCUGACUGAACGUUGCUUCUCCGUGCCGUUCACCACGAAACGCGAACAGUUUGUGAUUUGGUGUUGCUCAGAGAAAUUCCCUUAUUGUCAUCACUGACGCUGGAGAUCCAUACUUUUUUGUGAUGUGUGUUAGUGUUGCUGACUACCUGGCCUGGUGUUACACUCUACUACUAUUUCGAAAAUAGGACGUGUAGAUGUGUUAUAGGCUAGCAUGCGCCUGCAGGGAUUUCGUUGAAAUCUACUCAUGGGUUAUUGUGCAGGCAAACUUUCAGGUGUAAUGAGCAAUGCACGAAGAAGAGGGCAGCAUGAGGAAUGAGUCGGUGGUGAUUCAGAGCGAAAGUAGCAGCUUCGUGCGGCCUCCCACUCCGCCCGUCUUCUCCUCCUUCGGCCAGUAUCGGGUGAUGACUCCGAAGGAGGUCAGGUCGGCGGCCUUUGCCAGUGAUCAGAACAUCAUGAAGUCCGCGAAGGAGAUGGAGAGCAACGCGCAGUCAGUGGUGUUACCGACUGGAGCACCAUUUUGGUCUGACACCAAGACCACGAUCUGCGAGGACCACAUGCAGGUGUUCCUAAGGACCACACCCACGAUGACUUACAUACCCAGAUCGCCUUACAUAUUAAGACCCUACCACCAGCCCCUUCCUAACAUCGGCCAACACAGGGUUCCCGAAGAGGAUGAAAUCAGCAUAGUGGAGGAGGGGGAGAGGGAGGAGACACAUAGACUCACCCCUCCCCCCUCCUACGAUUCUGCGACGAACAGAAACAGCAAGUGGAUGGAGCAGCCGACCCAAGACAGCUGGAAAGAGGAGAAAGGCGAAACUUGUAAAGACAAAGACACGGCAAACGACGACGACGAUGUAUCCCGCUCCUCCGUGGCGAAGAAAGUAAUGAAAGAUCAAGAGAUCCACUGUUUCCUUGAAGUGGACGGGCGACCAGAAAGUGCAAAGUCAGCGAAAAUGGGCCACGAUGCCAAAGCCGAAGGAGAUUCAGACGAGGAGGAAGAGUCAACUGAAACCGAUUGUGGAAAAAUUGUGGAACUGAUGGGCCACGAUGACCUCGUCGUGAGGCUCAAGGCGACAAUAAAAGCCAGACGAAAAUUAAGUCUCUAUGAGAUUCCCGAAGUUACGGGAUUCAUGGCAGCUGGAAUCAUCAAUCCCGCCGUCGAAAGUUUGCAGAUUAAUAACACCGACCUCCAGUACGAGGCAUUGUGGGUUUUGACGAAUAUCGCUUCAGGAAAAAGUGAAGACACAAAGGAAGUUGUAGAUAGGGGAUCAGUGCCCUUGAUUGUUGGUUUACUGAAUUCACCAGACCCAAGAAUAAGGGAACAGGCAAUCUGGGCCCUAGGAAAUAUAGCUGGUGACGCUUAUGAGUACAGGAAACUCAUUCUUGACGAGGGUGCCAUGGCAUUGCUUGUGGACCUGCUCAAUGAAGGAAACUCGCUGAGCUUGCUGAGGAACACAGCUUGGAUGUUGUGUAACAUAACCCGCCAUAAGCCUAUGGAUUACAGUGCAGAUGAUUUAAAUCUCAUUUUAAAGGCAAUUAAGUUCCUCUUGGAAAAUUCCUGUCAUGUCAUCCAAAGUGAUGCUCUUUGGGCACUAUCAUAUAUCACGGAUGGACCAAACGAAGGCAUUCAGGCAGUCAUAGAUCAUGGACUUUGCCCGAGGAUAGUAGAGCUUAUGAAAAGUGACACAAAUAAGGUCAGCAAAGCAGCACUGAGGACCUGCGGUAACAUUGCCACUGGGUCAGAUGUUCAGACUGACGCCAUCUUGAAAGAAAACACACUCGAGGUGGUAAAGCCAAUGCUAGUAAGUGGGAUUACUUCGGUGAAGAAAGAAAUAUGUUGGUUCCUGUCAAACGUUACAGCAGGAACGCGACAGCAAAUCCAGCGGGUGAUUGACGCUCAUUUGAUAGAACGUUUGGUCGAUGUUGUUUCAGCAGGUCCCUUCGAAGUCAGCAAGGAAGCCAUAUGGGCACUGUCAAAUAUAACUUCAGGUGCUGAUCCCAGUCAGGUCAAGGCGUUGACACAGGCUGGAGGAAUUAAAGCUCUGUUAUCUGUCCUUGACAGUAAUGUAGAAGGGCAACUCUUACAAGUAGCCCUAGAAGGAAUAUCCAACAUACUGAAUACAUGCCAUGGCCUUGAUGAGUACGAAUUAGUGAAAGAAAGCAUCCUAGAGCAUGAAGGACUGAACCUCUUGGAAAUUCAUUUGCACUCUCAAAUUGAAAGUGUUAGUAAGAUGGUAAACGACAUUUUAGAUCAUCAUUUCCAAGAUAUCACAGAUGAUGCAGCCUCUGCAGUCUCAUGUGAUGACGAUCAUGAGGAGGCUGAAGAGGAGGAAGAGGAGAAGGCAGAAGAAGAAGAGCAAAAGCCUGGAGAGGAGGAGGCUGUUGCUGUGGUUCCAGUAGAAAACAAAACUUCUAAAAAGCCCAGCAAGCCGCCUAACCAUGCUGCUCUUAAGUACACCAAAUCAUAGCUACCUGCAUCUUAUCCUCAAAGGGAAAAUUUUGUGCUGCCAAGACACUUUCGAAGCAGGGUUUAUCAACAAAUCUGAUGAAGUUCAUUCUUUGAAAAUAUCUUAAUUCUUUAAUUGUUAAUUUUCUUCUAACUCCUAAGUGUUAUGUUUAUCGUUAGUGCUUGUUCACAAAAAAUGUUUUUCAGAUUUUUUUAAAUUAUCACAUUUCUUUAGAAUACUUUGUGGCUACUUUUUUAUGAAGUUAUAUCUUUCUUAUAUGUAUGUAUUAUAUUGUAUUUUUAUAAUCUAAUACAUAAUUUUUAAGGGUACUAACAAGUUCACCUACAUAUGGGAAAUCAAAAGACCAAAGGCGCUUGGUUUAAAAGUGAGGAACUACAAAAUGUACAGACAUAUGCUCGAGUCACUGUGGACUCAUAUUUCAUAUUUUCGGUCAUGAAGAUUUCGACAAGCUACCUGCCUACCAAAAUGUGUGAUAUUUUUGUGUAAGUUUGUAUUACCUGUAGCUUAGGUGCAAAAAUCGUGUGCGAUUGACAAGAUUAAAGACAUGCUAUUU